UUAUAUUUGGGCUCACUAGUUUGCCAAUGUCUAUCGUAGUAGAUACACGUAACAGAUUAACUCAGUCUCGUUUUUGAGUCAUAGCUGCGAGGUACUGUGAAACUGCGGAAGAUUACAAUCGUCACUGUUCAUCUUGUGUACUAAGACCAUGGCACCCAAAAUCAUGUUGCUGAUCACCUUGUCGGUUGCGUCCGCAGUGUUAGUCUCGGGCGCUUCCCUGGCGUUUCAAGAACGCAAAGCCAUAGUUGUUCUCAAGGGACCCGGCCAGGUGAACGGUAACGUGACAUUUAUCCAGGCUAAUCGCGGUGGCCCGGUUACGGUAACAGGAGUGGUGUCCGGUCUUACCGAAGGACCACACGGUUUCCACGUUCACGAGAAGGGAGACGUGAGUAACGGAUGCUUAUCCACCGGAUCGCACUUCAACCCACAAGGGAACAAACACGGUGGUCAAAAUGACGAGCCGAGACACGCCGGUGACUUAGGCAACAUCCAAGCGGACAACACGGGGGUGGCGAAAUUCUCUUUCUCGGACCCCCUCAUCUCGCUGAUCGGUGCCCACAACAUCCUUGGUCGCGCCGUGGUCGUGCACGCCGACACUGACGACAUGGGCCGUGGAGGAUUCACCGACAGCCUGACCACUGGACACGCCGGUUCCAGGGUGGCAUGCGGAGUCAUCGGAAUCCUGUAGACACACUGCACAAUUAUUUAUAUUCACGCACAGCGCCGGAUUGGCAAGAAAUUACUAACCAGGCUGUCCACCUAGACUCCUAAAUAAUUUUUUUCUUAACCUAUACAAAUUUUAUUAGUAUAUAACAAGAUUUAAUUUACAGACCCUUAAUGUAAAUACAAACACUACUAUUUCUUUCUCUAAUUUUAAAUCAAACAUUUAAACACAAGGUAUUAUAAUAUUAUACAAACAACAUGAGUAAAACUUUAAUAGUUUAUUAUUAUAAUUAUUACUAAGCAAUAUUAUUGUAAAAUAUCAAAACAUAAAAAUAAAUUUGACGUCACAUAAUUUUUUUAAUAUUUUUAAUUUAGCUAUUAACUCUAUGAUGUCUUCAUUUUUGAUGUUUUGUAAAAUGUCUUUCUCAAUAUUUACUAACAAAAAUGUAUCCAUUUUGUCUUGCGAUAAACAAUUUUUGAAUCUAUUUAGUAUGUACCUAUUUUAAUAUUGAAAACGUCGUUUUACAACGUACUUACGUGUAAGACAGUGUUAAGAUAAAUUUAUACGCUAAAAAUAAACUUGAUAAUAUAUGUUAUGGAAUUUAAAUUGUAGAUUUGUAAAACUUGAAAACAACAUAAAUACAAUCUUUACAUUUAUUUUUGUUUUCAUCAAUUUUUUUCUCAUUAUCGUCAUAUUGUAAUAAUUUUUUCUGAUUAUCAUCAUUAGCAAGUUGUUUAAUUGUAGACCUUUUAGAAGCAAAAUCUUUAAUUUAAUCGAUAAAUGUUUCUAUAGGUAAGGUAUAGGAUCAAUUUUGUUUAAAAUACUUGUUAGUUUGAUAAGUCUUUUUGCUAAAUCGAUAUGGCUUAAAUUUAGAGCUGAAACAAAAUUAGAGGGAUUUAAAAUUGGAAUACUUGAAAAUAUUUGUUAUGUGCUGUUUAUAAUUUAAUC